AUGAGGCUGCUACAGUGGUGUGACCUCUCAGACAGCAGCUGUUCAUCUCUAGCUGCAGCUCUCAGAUCAAACUCCUCCAGUCUGAGACAUCUGGACCUGAGUAGGAAUAAACAACUGGGUGAUUCAGGAGUGAAGCUGCUGUCUACUGGACUGGAGCAUCCAAACUGUAGACUGGAGACACUGGAGCUGCAGUGGUGUAACCUCUCAGGCAGCAGCUGUUCAUCUCUAGCUGCAGCUCUCAGAUCAAACUCCUCCAGUCUGAGACAUCUGCACCUGAGUGGGAAUGAACAACUGGGUGAUUCAGGAGUGAAGCUGCUGUCUACUGGACUGGAGCAUCCAAACUGUAGACUGGAGACACUGGAGCUAGGGGGGUGUGACCUCCCAGACAGCAGCUGUUCAUCUCUAGCUGCAGCUCUCAGAUCAGACUCCUCCAGUCUGAGACGUCUGUACCUGAGUGGGAAUGAACAACUGGGUGAUUCAGGAGUGAAGCUGCUGUCUACUGGACUGAUACAUCCAAAAUGUAGACUGGAGACACUGGAGCUAGGGGGGUGUGACCUCUCACACAGCAGCUGUUCAUCUCUAGCUGCAGCUCUCAGAUCAAACUCCUCCAGUCUGAGACAUCUGGACCUGAGUGGGAAUACACUACUGGGUGAUUCAGGAGUGAAGCUGCUGUCUACUGGACUGGAGCAUCCAAACUGUAGACUGGAGACACUGGAGCUUCAGUGCUGCAGUAUAACAGCAGAGGGCGGUGCUGCUCUGGCUUCAGCUGUGAAAUCACACCCCUCAUCACACCUGACAACUCUGGAUCUGCGUGGUAAUGAUCUAGGAUCCUCAGCAGUGCAGCUGCUCUCUGCUCUGGUGGAAGAUCCAAACUUCAAACUACAGAAAGUAGAGUGA